AGGCGGGAAAGAAAAAUUCCCGCGGGCCCUCGGGGUGGGAGGGACGACACCCCUCAACGUCGUUCUCCGCUUGCCUUCCGCUGGGGCUGAGCUGCAGUGGGCGGGGUGCCAGUUUCCUCGGCGGUGGGGAAGUGGGCAGGACUGGUGGGGGGAGCUCGAGUGGUGAUUUCGAGGGUUUCUGGCCUUUCCAGACCCUUGUUGGUUUUCUGGGUGCGGAGCUCCUCUGAGCCCUGGGGGUUUGUGUCGUCCCUCGCACGUCAUCGUGAAGCUCGGUCUAAGGGUCCGGUUUCCUAGCUACGGUGCCCCUCUUUCCCGGAGGCAGAGUAGCGGACGGGCGGACGUGCUGCGCUGGGUACCUGCGUCCCGCCAAAGAGCCAGAAGCAUAAGUGAAAAUGGUACAUGUUAGAAGACACGAAACAAGGAAAAAUUCUAAAACUCAAGAGCGUGAGCAGAAAUCUCGAGUUGAUUGGAGGCGGACUAAAAGAAGUAGCAUCUCACAGUUACUUGAUAGCGACGAAGAGCUUGACAGUGACGAAGAGUUUGACAGCGACGAAGAGCUUGACAGUGAUGAAGAGCUUGACAGUAAUGAAGAUCAUGAUGGUAACAAGGGGUUUGAUAGUAAUAAAAAGCUGGAAAAUGAAAGAGAACCUAGACUGAUUAAUGUUGAAAGUGAUGGUAGUAAUUGUGAGCACCUCGUGAACACUGGCAACAGUUCAACGUAUGAAGAAGAAAAGAACAAAAACAAACAUAGAAAUACUGACUUACUAGAUCAUGAAAAGCAUUCAAAUCAAGAGGAGGAGGAUCUCAACAAACACCCCGGACAAAUACUAGAAGAGGACUUAGACGAAGAACAUAUCAAGCGAGGGAAGAGAAAAAGGAUCUCCUCUGUUAUGUAUGACAGUGAUGAGAGUGAUGAUAGUGAUAUCCUAGUUAGAAAAGUAGGUGUUAAGCGUCCACGUAGAGUGGUUGAAGAUGAAUGUUCUUCAGUCGAGAUGGAGCAAAAAAAGCCUGAACAAACUUUAGCUGCAAGAAAGAGAGAACAACUCCAGAAACUGAAAGAACUCUCAAAACAAAGAUCUCGUCAGAGACGCAAUAGUAGUAGAGAUUUUGAGGACCCUGAAAAGGAAUCCUGCCCAAGCAGUGAUGAAAAUGAUGAUGAGGAGGAGGAAGAUGAUUAUGAAUAUGAAGAUGGAGAUGAUUAUAUUAUUGAUGACUUUGUAGUUCAAGAUGAGGAGGGUGAUGAAGAGAAUAAAAGCCAGCGAGGAGAAAAAUUGACUACAUCACAACUGAAAUUAGUAAAACAGAAUUCUCUUUAUUCUUUUAGUGACCACUAUACUCACUUUGAAAGAGUUGUGAAGGCUCUUCUGAUCAAUGCUUUAGAUGAAUCUUUUCUGGGAACAUUGUAUGAUGGUACCAGACAAAAAUCAUAUGCACAAGAUAUGUUGACAUCUCUCCAUUAUUUGGACAACCGCUUUAUUCAGCCUCGUCUAGAGAGUUUAGCUUCUAGAAGUCGUUGGAAAGAGCAAUAUAAGGAGCGGGUGGAAAAUUAUUCUAAUGUAAGUAUCCAUUUGAAGAAUCCUGAAAACUGUUCCUGCCAGGCCUGUGGAUUGCAUCGCCAUUGCAAAUACUCGGUGCAUUUAUCAGGAAAGUUGUACAACACCAGGACUAUGGAAACAGAUGACUUCAUGUCACAUGAUAAACAGGUGUUUACUGUUGGCAGAAUUUGUGCUGAGCGUACCAGAAUUUAUCAUAAACUGAAACAUUUUAAGUUCAAGCUGUACCAGGAAUGUUGCUCCAUUGCAAAGACAGAAGAAGUUGAAGAUGAGCAGGUUAAAGAAACAGUGGAAAGAAUUUUCAGUCAGUCAAAGGAUAGUGGCUGGAUUAAGGAGAACAGUUCUUGUGACCUGAGAGUGAAGAAGCACCUGGUGCCAAUCUGAGGAAAGGAUCUCGGCUGCCAGUUCUAAUACCACCCACAUCCUCUUCUUGAGGACAUGGGCUGAGCAGUGAGCACUGUAACUGAAGAUCAAGGGGAAUGCAGAGGUUUCAGGCCACGGCACUGAUUUUGAUUCCCCCAAAUCCUGUUGAUCACUAAAUUUGAUAUCAGGGAUAAAGUGGGGGUUUUGAAGAGUGCACUGGAUUCCCGAAGAUCUGCUGGCAGCUCAUAAGCUCUGGUCUGCUCACAGAGCUUUUAGAAUUGCUUAUGGUACUUGGAAAGAAUGCUAAUAUGAUUGCAAUCUUCUAAAACAAGUCUAGUUACGUGAAUGUAUGAGAGAAAACAUAUAGUAGAUUUGCAGGCAACUCAGAUCAACACAAUAUUUAAUCUUAAAAAAAAAAGAGUGACUUAAGAUCUGUUGCCUGGGUUAUUUUUAUCAUAGGGAAUUUGUAAAAGAGGAAGAUAAAAAAGAAGAAAGCUUAGUGAAUAAACUUAUAAGCAAAGGGAAAGAAAAAGAGAACAAACAACAGGAACUUGUCAGGACAUGUCAUGUUCCGCAGAGGUCUCCCAGUCUGGACAGUGCAUCAGAACUGGUUUCCCUCUGACAAUUAUCCUCCCACCACAAACCCCAUCUGGUGAUCUCUCUGCAUCUCCCCCACCCAGUCUGGACCUUUCUGUAGUCUUUCUCUCAUUUUACUCUCCUCAGCUUUUUAUCUUUUACUUUGCUUCGACUUCUCUCCCAGUGCUUUCCUCCCUGUCCUCCUCUGUGCUUUUCUAUCUGCUUUAGGGGGGAACCAUUACUUAUCCAGUAAGUCCCAUCUUCAUUUUCCAUGAUGAUGUGAAAUUCUUAGCUGCUUUUAUUGGUGCAUUUAAGGGUUGCCAACCCUCUAGUGGAGUUGGACAACCUACUGGGUUGUCCUACUGGGACACCAUUUUUUAAAGAAUUAUGUACCAGGUAUAGAAAAAUCACUGUGCACAUACUGUACAUAUUAUGUAAUAAUAGUAUAUAUUAAGAAGACCAUUAAACUUCUUGCAGAGAAAAACUAAAAACACUACUAGAUCAUGUACCUUAAAGAAUGAGUAACAGGGUUUCUAACAGAAGGGACCUGGAAUAAGAAAAAAAUAUUCUUAGGAGGAAAAAAGUCAAGUGUUCUAUUAAACUUCAAGAACAACACACAGCAUUGGGCAGUUAUUUCAAGUUCAUGCAUGUUUAGGACAAUGUGCACAUUUUUUCCCACAUGUAAUAUUAAAGAGCUUCAUUUUCUUUUUGUGAUCCUUCCUGCUUUAAAAAUACUUGUCUAUGGAUUUUCUCAAAAGAUGUCCUAGAGACCAAAGUUUAGAGCCACUGUAAACCCAUAUGCAGCUUUCUGUGCUGUGAUUAAAAUUCAGAAUUUAUCAAGUGCUCUGACAUUUCGCAGCAUCACUCCGCCUGCCCCUCAGUGUGAGUGUCCUUGUGUGACACCAUUGCAUGUGCUUGUGACACACACCUUCUUUGGCUGCAGGCUUCAUGGUCAUAGCUACCCUAACCCUUCUGAAUGCCAGGGCUCAGUGCUGCUCCAGGGGCCCCAUCUGUGGCCCUUUUCCCUCUUACUUCCUUAUUAUUAUGUCAACCUAUUCUUUUACCUCAUACAAACUAUCUGGUCCUGGCUUUCCUCCUAGUUUGUUUUACACACCUUGCUUUUUCCCUUACCUGCUCCUCCCUCCUCCAAGUGUUUCUCUUCCAUUGUCUCAGGAUAUCUCAGCAUUUCUUCCCAAAGACCUGCCAGCUGGACUGACUUCAUUCUUACUGUUCCUUCUCCUAACAGUUGAGCUAGGAUGAUCUGUUUUUAACUUAGGAUGAUGUUAAAGGGUAGGAGCUACUUGAGUGUAAGAAAGGAAAGAGUGAUAAGAAAAUUAAAAUAAAACCAAAACCUACAAUAAAUGUAAUAAAAAUAAUUGUCUCAUUCUAAAUUAGACUGGAAGAACAUGCUAUCAUAUGCCACUGACAAAGUUCUAACAGGUGUUCUUAUUAAGAAGAAAGUGAAUGUGAUGAUGGGAUUUCCAGAAAAGUUGAAGAUAGGGUUAUUGGGACGGGGUGGUGAAUUCGUGAACAUCAGGAAGUGGAGAAAGUAGGUCAAUAAAAGUAUCAAGUCUCAGUUUUACAAUUAUAUGUAAAUUUUAAAUGUAUUACAUAAAGAUUGUUACAUAAGAAAGAAUUUUAAAUAAUAAUUUGAUAUCCCAUCCCUUCCUGAAACUCCUUAUGCAGGCUAUUCUUCUUUCCCCCUUUAAAACUUCUUUCCUUUUCUUUUUCUUUCGCUUCUUAAACUGAUGUUUCUCAAAUUGUGGCUUUAACUACCUAUGUCAUAAUCACCUAGAAGUUUGCGGAAAUUGUGUAGUUCCUAGCCUCAUGGCAGUCCUAUUGAAUGAGAAUCCUUGGGUUAAACACCCAAUAUUUUACAAAUUAGGUGAUUCUUAAACAAAUUGAAGAUUGAGGGCUACUGCUUAAAGGUACAUUGUCACUCAAGGUUCCCUUCUCAGUCUCUAUAUAGCUCUCUGCCUUGACAAACCCAUUCCUUUCUUCAUGUCUAACUGCUGUUUCUGAACAGAAGACCCCAAACUCCUUCUUUUACGUUCUGACCUCUUUUCUCACACUCAUUUCCACAGUUCCAACUGUUUUAAUCAGUAGGUCCGUCCUGGCAUUCGAAGAGGUUAACAGAAUAAGAUCCAAACUCUCUAGAUUUUCAGUAAAAAAGAAUGAUGGAACCAGAAUCUUUAGGUGGAGAGAAUGAUCAGGAAAUAUGGACUGCCUUCUGAGUUUCACUUUUCCUUUGGAGGGCUUUCUUUUUUCUUACUAAAGCUGACCCCACCUCACCCCCCUUUAAAUCUCAGAAAUAGCAUACUAUAUUAGUUAAAAGCAUGGAUUUAAAUAUUUUCUAAGAGUAGAAUUUGGAGGCAAGUUACUUUAUUUCUCUAAGUUUUCUCUUCAGCAAAAUGGAAUUAAAACAGUAAUAGAGUUUUGGUUGGGAAAUUAAGUGAUCAACACAUUUUAAGCAUUUAAUACUGGACCUAGUGAUUAAUAAGUGAUCAGUUAAUGUUAACUGUUAUUAGUAAUAAAAGCGAGGAGAGGUUUCCUUCCUUUUCUUAGUAUAGCUGGGAGAGAUUAUAAUUUACCAGAAAAAAUUUAAUAAGAGAAAAAAGAAAGCAUAAAAAAAGUCAAACUUUUAAGGUCUAGGUUUCUAAUUCUAGAGUACUUUACUUUUAACUAGUAGAACCCAAGUUCUUCGUCAAAAGAAUCCCUAAGUAAUCCAAGGAUUAUUUCCCCUCCCGUUCUUUUCUGCAUUCUUUCCAGAGAAGGUGAUCCCAUCAGAGAUCUUCAAGGAGAAAAAAAUUUCAUGGCCCUGCCUAGAAAGAAAGCACACUCCUCCUAUACUUUUCCAUAGGUUCCUAUUACCACAAAAGUCAGGGUCAUCAGGAUCUCUCUUCUUCACUGGGAAUAGAACCAGAGUUCACAAGUAGAGAAACCAUUAGGUCAGUUAAUCUCCUCAACUGAAGUCUGCAGUUUGAACUUUCCAAAUCAUCUGUGGAAUUUCCAAAUCAUCCUGACUCUUCUCUUACCUUGUCCUACCCUGGUCUUGACUCUUCAUCUUCAGUGGUUGUCACUUGAAUUUGGAAUCUCAUUACCUAACUUAUUACAAUAGAUUCAUAACUAAAUGCCAAACUAUUCUAGAAUGAUGUUUUACCAUUUUUCUUAAAAUACACCCCAGAUUAUGUCAAUCUCUGCCUUAACACUUUAGCAGUUUCACAUUGCCUGUCACAUUAUCGCUAAACUCCUUCACCUAGCAUUUCAUACUUUUUAUUCUGUGACUACAACCUCUUUGGUUCAGUCUCAUCUCUCUCCAUUCCCCCCAAAACCCCUCAAAUUAUAGUCAAACCCCAUACUUUCUUGCUUCUUUACUGUUGUAUGGACUGUUGCCCUUCUCCCACCAAAUCUUUGCCAACCAAAUCCUUUCUCCGACAGUUUAAGUGCUACUUUUUCCUGACCACCUCAACUAACCAUGGCUAUUCUUCUGAACCUCCAUACAGUGUCUGUAUAGUUCUUUAAGGCACUCGUUAUUGGUGUAUUACCACUGAACUCUGGCCUCCUUAGGGACAGGGAAAGAAAUUUUUUUGGUAUCUAGACAGUCAUCAGAAAGUAUUCAAUAUAUGUUAUAUGUUCAACAAAUUUUUGUUGAAUAAGUUAUUGAAGUUGUUAUACUUCUAUAAGUAUGAUAAUAAAAAAUUAUAUUUUAUAAAAAUAUUAUGAGAUUAAUAAUAAUGUUCAGCUUUAUUUCUUUCUAAUACUUUAUGAGUUAGAAAUGCUUAUUUGAAAUUGUGUUCCUGUUAAUAAGAUUUUUUGUUCAUGAUUAUCCUGAAAUGAGAAGGGAACGUAUUCCUGUUUGUGUCUAUAGAUUGAAAAGGCCUACCUUAUUUUCUUUGCUUUGAGUAAAAUAACUAGCUUUUUUAUUAUAU